CAACCAUUCUUAUUUCAAUCUAGGGCCUGGGGUAAAUGGAUAAUCCACUAAUACAAAUUUGAAAAUGUUCAUUAGUAUCUAACUGGUUGCAAAUAUUGAAUGCUAUUCGUAGAAAGUGUAAAGCCCUAUCUAAAACCUCCACUCUUUCUCCUUUUCUGUUGGCCAAAAAAAAUCUGGGGCCAAAUGGCCAGCAUACCUAGAUAUGCUUAUCUCCUCCGGGCAAUGGCCGCCCGUCGUUGGAUUUCGACGGAAGCGGAGGUGUUUUCAGCGGAAUCCGCUGCGGCGAUAUGUACUCCAAAGGAAGAAGUGGCUGUUGGUAGCCGUGGGAUUACAGAUUUCAUACUCAAAGCUAAGAAGGAAGGAAAGCUCAUCGAGGCUCUGGAGAAAGCUAUCAGUAAUGGAACUCCCAUCCAGAAAUGGCAUAUUAUUAGGCCAAUCAACCAAUACCGCAGUGCCAAAAAGUACAAAUUGGCCCUCCAGCUGUCUGAAUGGAUGAAUAGCAAUAAAUUCCCAGCUAAUGAUGCUGAUCGUGCGGUCCGGAUAGAGCUUCUUGCCAAAGCCAAGAACUUGGAUUCUGCAGAAGAGUACUUCACAAGGUUGCCGGAAUCUGAAAAAACUGCUAGGACUUAUGGGGCGCUUUUAAGCUGCUACUGUCUGCCGAAACAUUCAGAAAAAGCUUGUGAUCUUUUUAAGAAGAUGAAGGAAGAAAAUGUUACGUCUACUUUAAACUAUAACAAUAUGAUGAAGUUUUAUUUAAAGACUGGCCUGCCGGAGAAGGUUCCUGAACUGGUGAAAGAAAUGGAAGAAAAUAAAAUUGAUUUGGAUGUAUAUACUUACAAUCUUUUAAUGAACAGUUAUGGUGCCUUGAAGGAUUUAGAUGCAGCUGAGGGAGUCCUUGAGAAGAUGACAUCUAACAACAUAGAGAUUGACUCGUUCACUUAUGGAAGCCUUGCAACGUUAUAUGUCAAUGCUGGGCUAGUUGAAAAGGCUAGUUCGGUGCUAGGUAAGAUAGCAGUAAUGAAAAAUGAUCUAGAAGCCUUCCACACACUGAUCACAUUGAAUGCCCAAGUUUCGAAUCUGAUGGGGGUUGUGCAGGCAUGGGAAUCAUUAAAGAAGGCAUUCCCGAAACCAGGUAACAAUAGUUAUCUCAUUAUUCUCAGGACUCUCUCCAAAUUGGGAGAUCUUGAAACCACUGAGAAAUGUUUUCGUGAGUGGGAGUCAAAUUGUAAAUACUAUGAUGUGAGGCUUUCAAAUGUUCUUCUAGAGUUAUACCUAGAAAGAGACAUGAUCGAGGAAGCUGAAUCGCUAUAUAAAGGUAUUCUGGAAAGAGGUGUUCUACCCAGUUUGAGGACUCUGGAGUUUCUAACUAGUUCAUACACAAAAAAGUCUCACUUUGAUUUGGCUCUUAAGUAUUUGGAUAUGGGUGCAUCUCAGGCAGCUAAGCUGAAAAAGAAGUGGGUACUUCCAAAUGAAACUGUCAAGAGUUUUCUCAAAUAUUUUGAAGAAAACAGAGGGGCUGAGACCGCCAAGAUGUUCUUUGAUUGCAUGAAGCUGGUUGGGUGUAGUGAUGCCACACUAAAUGAUUCUCUGCUUUCCUUUAACAGCACAGCCCAGAAUGCACAACCGUAGGCUCCAUGGUGUAGUGAGAAGACACACUAUAUAUAACUGAUAUGUCUUGGACUCAUUCUCUCUCAAUAUGUAUUAGAUAAUAUGUAUAACUGAUAUGUCUUGGACUCGCAUUUUAGCAUCAUGAUUUCUUUCAUAACUUUGCAAUGAGCUCACCUCUCGUGGCAGGGAUCUGUUUUCUUCCUUUUUCAUGAUUUAUGCGGUUGGAUAAGGUAUUACUUCAUCAGAAGGCUGCAGCAUGAGAAGGCACUCGGUAUAAAAAAAUCUACCUAACAGUAUUUAUUUUUAUUUGUUCGUUUUGUAUGGAUUUUGAACCAACUUUAAACAAGUAAACGAUGUGAAUAUCACCCACCUUCCUGCUCUAUAGGGAUUGCCGUGAUGAUGCAAAUAUCACAACUUACAAGGUUUAGUGAUGUUUACUUAGCAGUGCUUCAUAGCUCAAAACCAUUCAUUUAUUAAGAGUCCGAUUGGUAAUACCGAAUCGGUUGUAUUAAUUGAUUUUAUUGAAAUUUAUGAA